AAAACCCAAACAAUAAAACAAAAAAAAAGAAAAAGAAAAAAGGAAACCAAUAAAAACAUUUUUUUAGGGUUUGGGAAAUUAAGAAGAACUUUCUAGGCAAAACCCCAGAAAGCCAUGACUGACCAUUUGGUCGUCGAGGCUCAUAACCUUAAUCCUAACAACAAUUUCUCCUCUGAAUUCGAUUCUCUUCCAAUUCCUCCUAUGGAUCCUGUGUUCUUCGAAAGCGAUACCCACAACAUCAAUAAUUCCGAAACCUUUGAUUCGGAUCUCGGGUUUGGAUUCGGAUUCGACGACAAUUCGAAUUUCGAGCUUACUUUCGACGACAUCGACGAUUUCUACCUUCCUUCGGAGAAUGAAGAGUUUAUCAUCUCUGAGCACUGCCUCGAUUCGGUUCAGCUGGAUCUUGAAGAACCGGUCCAAUCUCAACCGGUUCAGGUCUCGGAUUCCAUUUCGGGUUCUUCUGGGGUUUCGACCGAUCAUGUGGCUUCUGACGUUUCGAAAUUCCUGAACUUCUCGGGUUCGGGAUCGGCCGAGUCCGAUUCUGGCGAUGCGGCAGCUAGGGUUUUGAAUUUCCCGUCUCCCGAAUCGGGCGGGUCAGAGAGCAGCGGCGGCGGCGGGUCGGUUUCGUCGCAGGGAUCGGGGAACGGGCCGCGGUCUCCGAAUGUGAUCGUUGUUGAUCAGGUGAUCAAGGUGGAGGAGGAAACGGCGUCGAAGAAUUGCGUUUCGAAGAGGAAGAAAGAGCACGUGGAAGAAGGAAUCGCCGCGGAUUCGAGGACCCCCAAGUACCGGAGAUCGUCGGAGAAUGUGGCGGAUUCGGUGAGUUUCGAGGCGGCGCCGGCGAACGAAGACGAGGAGAAGAGGAAGGCGAGGCUUAUGAGGAAUCGAGAGAGCGCCCAAUUGUCGAGGCAGAGGAAGAAGCAUUAUGUGGAGGAGUUGGAAGAUAAGGUAAGGGGUAUGCACUCUACAAUUGCUGAAUUGAAUAGUAAGAUUUCGUAUAUUAUGGCCGAAAACGCCACAUUGCGCCAGCAAUUGAGUGGCAAUGUGCAGCCACCGCCGCCCCAUUCGGGUAUGUACCCACAUCCCGCUGCAAUGGCGCCCAUGGGGUACCCGUGGAUGCCGCCUUGCGCCCCAUAUGUUAUUAAACAACAAGGGUCUCAAGUUCCUUUGGUUCCGAUACCGAGGCUGAAACCACAGCAGCCUGUACCGGCACCUAAGGUGAAGAAGUCGGAGAAUAAGAAGAGUGAGGGGAAAACUAAGAAGGUUGCCAGUGUUAGUUUCCUGGGUUUGUUGUUUUUCGUCAUGCUUUUUGGUGGGUUGGUUCCUUUUGUCAAUGUUAGGUAUGGAGGAAUAGGGGACAAAGUUCCUGGAGGGGUUGGUUAUGUUAGUGAUAGGUUCUAUGAUCGACAACUUGGGAGGGUUUUGAGUGUUAAUGAAUAUUCAAAUGGGUCUGGAGGAAGUGUAGGAGGUGGAUUUUCUAGUGGGGAAUUUGAUAAUACUAACAGAGUAAAUUAUGUGAGAGGACGUGUACGAAUCGAAGAGUAUGAACGGAAAGGACAAGGGUCGCAACCUUUACCAGGUUCAGAUGAAUCUAUUCGUUUGGGCAACGGUAGUGAGCCUCUUGUUGCGUCUUUAUAUGUGCCGAGGAAUGAUAAGCUUGUGAAGAUUGAUGGGAACUUGAUAAUUCACUCUGUUCUUGCCAGUGAGAAAGCUAUGGCAUCUCAGGCUGAACCUGAAAAGAAAGACAAUAAAGAAACUGGUCUGGCAAUUCAUAGGGAUUUGGCUCAGGCAUUGGCAAUUCCAGAAGUUGGAGGGAAUAGAGGGAGACAUUCUCAUGUAUACAGAAAUCCUACAGGAGGGCAAAAGGCUCUUGCCUCUGGUUCAGCUGAUACUCUGAAGGACAAUUUGAAGUCGACUCCAGCUGAUGGUAAGCUGCAACAGUGGUUCCGUGAAGGUCUUGCAGGUCCAAUGUUGAGUUCUGGCAUGUGCACUGAGGUGUUCCAGUUUGAUGCCUCUCCAGCUUCUGCUCCAGGAGCUAUAAUUCCGGCAUCCUCAGUUUCCAGUGUUCCUGCAAAACACCUUAAGAAUGCUACUCGCCUUAGCAAGGGGAGGAAUAGAAGGAUCCUCAAUCGUCUUCCGAUUCCUGUGGCUGGAUCCAAUUAUAACAUUACUGAAGAGCAUGUGAGAAAUAGUUCUCAGAAGGAAAGCUUUCAAGGCAAUAAAUCUUCUUCUAUGAUUGUUUCUGUGCUUAUUGAUCCCAGAGAAGCUGGAGAUAGUGAGGUUGAUGGCAUGAUUGCACCAAAGUCGCUUUCGCGGAUUUUUGUAGUCGUGCUUAUGGACAGUGUGAAGUAUGUCACUUACUCUUGUGUGCUUCCACGGUCUGGUCUCAUCUAGUGACAACUUGAAAGAGGAGAGUAGAUUUUGGUGAUAUGGAAUAACAGCAGCUUCCAACUCUAGCUCCCAGUUUUGUAUAUAACAGAUAAUAAGCAGCUUUAAUAGCUUUCUUAGCCUUUAGAUGUACUCUAAAUUACCUAAACUUCCGUUAACUUCGGCUUGUUAGGAUAUACUACAAUGUUCUUUGGUUGAGAAGUAGAACAUUAGCCCUGAGGUUUCUUCAAAUGGAUGUGCGGCUGUUGUUCUCUCUCUAGUGUCUAGUGCUCUACUCUGUAGCAUGUCAUAAUGUUGUACUGAUUGCAGACAUUUGACUAAAUAUAUGGAAUUGGAAUAACUUAUUUGGUGUAUU